UCGAACAAACCGACCAACUUCUGUGUUUAGAGAAGCUGUGAGUGACCUGAGUUUGAUAGCAGAGCAAUAAAGACACGAGAGACACAGAACAAAAUACACAAUAACACACACAGAGAGAGAGAGAGAGGCUGAGCAACACACCAAAAAAGGGCUGGAGAAACACACGGACACAGAGAAGCACACAGACGGACUGGGAUUCAGGAAUCAUGGAGCAGGGCUGUGGAUGAGCCGGAUCUCCGCCAUGUCCACGGGCCCCGGGCCCACAGGGGCCGCUCAUGUGAUCGAGCCGGACCACAGCGCGGCAGGUCAUGUCAAGGGCUCCGUCAGCCUGCAGACGCUGCUGGACCUGCUGGUGGGAGUUUAUCAGGAGUUCAGCUCGCCUGCUCUGCUCAGAGAGAAACACGUGCAGCGCUUCCUGCAGUGGGCGGAGCCUCUGGUCAGACAGGUGAAGAAGACCCGGAUAAGCAGGGAUGACUUUGACAUCUUGAAGGUGAUCGGCCGAGGAACCUUCAGCGAGGUGGCUCUGGCCCGCAUGCGUAACACACAGCAGGUUUACGCGCUGAAGAUCAUGAACAAGUGGAACAUACUGAAGCGUGGCGAGACGGCGUGUUAUCAGGAGGAGCAGGAGGUUCUGCUGAAAGGAGACCGGCGCUGGAUCACUGAACUACAUUACGCUUUCCAGGACGACAAUCACCUCUAUCUGGUCAUGGAUUACUAUGUCGGUGGAGAUCUACUGACGUUGCUGAGUAAGUUUGGUGAUCGUAUCCCGGAGGACAUGGCUCAGUUCUACCUGGCUGAGAUGGUGAUGGCCAUCGAUUCAGUCCACAGACUCGGUUAUGUGCACAGAGACAUUAAGCCUGACAACAUUCUCCUGACGGCGGAUGGUCAUGUACGAUUGGGUGAUUUUGGCUCCUGUCUGCGUCUGGAGGAUGACGGACUGAUCCACUCGUCGUUGGCCGUCGGGACUCCAGACUAUCUGUCUCCAGAGAUCCUGCGGGCGGUGGAGGGCGGCGGAGGCUACGGCUCUGAGUGUGAUUGGUGGGCUCUGGGCAUCUGUGCGUACGAGAUGCUGCUGGGAACCACACCCUUCUACGCCGAGUCCAUCUCUGAGACCUACGCUAAAAUAAUACACUUCAAGGUAAAGGAGCUGUGCUUGAGGAUGCAGGGCUGGACGGUAAACGAUAUCAUAUCGCGAUAA